AAAGAGCACUCUUGCGUCAAUGUAAACAAGUCGUGUCGCCAACAUCUGUUUUUCGCUUAAAACAUUUUUACUUUUUAUUGCCCCCAAGCUCAAAGCAAGGCGGACUGGUUUUUAUCUCCCCAGCUGUAGCAGUGUGUUCAGGCGAAAUCGGGUGUCACAAGGUUGUGUUCAUCGCUCUUAGCAGUACGUACCACCACGAUGAAACUGUGUCUGGCCAUCGCCGCCAUGUUGGUCUGUCUGCUGACGUCACAGAGCCACGCCCAGGACACGCCCUUCCCCCACCAGGGUGACCCCGAUGACCCUCACGGGGGCGUGCCCAUGGGCGUCUCCAACAGCUUCUGUGAUAAUGCUGAGGAUUCCAUCAGUAUAGACUGGGACCCCGAGUCAACGGAGGAGUAUACCUGUCCGGAGGGACAGAGGCGAGGGCUGGGAGACGCAGAGAUAAACACACAGACCUGUGAGGACGAGGCAAAGAAGCCUAUUCACAAGUGUUACCCAGAGGAGAUAGAUUAUUCGGACGAUCCCUUGCCUACAAGCGGCCCCCACCGCCCCCUGUGGCCCAAGUACGGAGAGUACAGAUACGUCCCCCCUCAGAGAUGGCUCCACAGUCUGGAGCAUGGGGCCAUUGUGUUCCUGUACCACCCUUGCGCUGACAAGGGAGAAGUGGACUUGUUCAGGACGGUUUCCAACCAGUGCCUCCGGCGGCACAUUCUCUCCCCUUACAAGGAGAUGCCGGAGGGUGUGAACUUUGUCCUGCUCUCCUGGAAGUGUAAGCUGCUGCUGAGCAACGCAGACAUGGAGGAGAUGGUGCGGUUUGUCAGGGACCAUGCCCUGAGAGCCCCAGAGGGACACGUCUACAACGACGGCCAGUACUCCAAGGCCCUUCUCCACCCGGCCAAAAUGGUGUCCAACAUCAUGGAUACUCAGCUCUGUCCCCAUUUUUUCAAGAUGAGGCCUGUUUACGAAAGGAUAAAGGCAGACGCCGUCAACCGAAUGCAGACGGGAUCGCUCAUUGACCAGCAGGUGAUGGAGAGUGUGGAGCGACUGCUGCAACGUCUGGGGCACUGAGGGGCACAACAAGGGGAACAACAACAACAACAACAACAACAACAACACCUACAGCGACAGCAACAACGAUAACAACAGCAGCAACGACAGCAACGACAAUAAUAACUUCUACAAAAGCAACAUCAGCAAUAGCAACAACAACAACACCUACUACAGCGACUGCAACAACGAUGACAACAACAACACAACAAUAAUAACAAGAGCAACAGCAACAACAACAGCAGCAACAAUAAUGACUACACAACAGCAGCAACGGUAACUUCUACAGCAACACAGGGAUGGAUGGUAUUAGAAGACGCGGAUGGCAUGGAGCGUUGAAUGGAUUAUUUUUUUGUGAUGAUGUGUGAGGCAGCGUGGUCAAAUCAGGCGCUCGUCAAAAUAACGAAAUGAGAACACCCGGCAUUUUUCCACCAGUUUAGAAAUUUUUAUGGAAUUGUUUUUUUUACUUAACCUUGCUUCACAAAAUUUUGAGCGAUUUGGAUGGAUAAUAAGAAAGAAAUGACUUUUUGAUCAUUAUGUCAAUUUUCUUGGCCAUCACUCUUGUUUUUUCAUGUAUGCGAAUUUGACAAUAUUAUGCUUUCACGUAAACGGAUGUUUUGUCUUCAAACUGUGAUCACAAAAUGGGCACAAGCUGUACCCCCGUCCAAUCCCCCAGGGUUGUAGAAAGUCCCGGGGUGAAUGAAUGAGGUGAGCACAUCAGAGGGAUGUUGCCUCGUUCCUCAGCGGGAAAAACUCUUUGAUCUAUCGUUUAUAUACAGUCGAACUUGUCUACGGCGACCACAAUUACAGUUGCUGAUAGUAUAAAAUGUAAAAAAACCCACUCUUCUCAAAGUUUAGAGGGAUUUGGGUGGAUAAUAAGAAAGAAAUUAAUUACUUUUUUUCUACUUUUCUGAAACGACGUUACCAGAUAUACAUGAACAGAGUCCGAGUACUCUAGCAAUAUUCAGCUGUUGGUAAAAAAAAUAAAAAUUUUUUUUUAGCAACAUUGUGUAAAGAUAAUUCCUAUAGAAUUCUUUUUUACAAUUGUUUUUCUGAGUCAGACUCGUUAAAUUUACACGCAACAGCCAUGACAAAACUGCUGCUGAGUGUCGGAGGGGAGGUCACCACCGGAAUGUUCAGCUCUGAGUCAGAGACCCCCCCCCGAGCAUCCACUGUAGUUCUUUUAAAGGUGCUUCGUCUUUCCUUUUACUGUAAAGUAUCUACGCAGUCAAACAAACCGUAUUGGUUGAUUUUUCCUGAAAUGACGAAACUUUGGUGAGUGGAUUUUGUAUUGCAAUUUUAUUUUUUUUUUACUUGGGUUUUUUAAUUCUGCUUAAACUAUGAUAGAUCUAAUUAUUUUUUUAUGAAUUUGUGAAACUCAUAAAAUGUUCCCAGUUGUGUUCCUUCAGCGUCGUCUUUAUCAGUCUCACUCGCUCAGUACACGCAGAAGACUCACAGCUGAUCUACUUUAUGAAUUGUCAAAAAAAGACAGGUGUUGUUACAAAAAAAAAAGAAAAAGAAGAAGGAAUGCUUGAAAUCACA